AGUCGCCAUUUCUCUUCUUUGUGAAUCAUACCUAUGACUAGAAAGUCCUCAUUAUUUGCAGUCACUUCCAAUAUGCCAAAAAAGAAUACCACUCAAACAAAGGCCCCCUCCAAAACCCAGACACGCUGGGCGGACAAUGACGAUAUGGAAAACGACUUAUAUUCCAUAUCAUGCUUCGGACAGCAAGUGAAAGACCCACCUGCUCCAAGUAUUCACGUUCGAAAGCCUGUAGUGAAAUCCGUGUAUGACUUGGACGACUUCGACUCGGAGCAAAUGCCCGUGAAAGCUUUUGGCAGAGGACGCAUGAUGCAGAACAUUAAAGGCUCGGACUUUUUAAAACGUACAUCCGAAAUUUCGCAGGAGAUACGAUUGACCCAGAGCGGUUAUGGAUAUUGCAAUGACCAAAUCGAGCACGCUCUCAACUGUGAUACAAUUCAGUCGAGCGUGAGAUCCUCCCCACAGUUGUCAGAGACGGCUUCAAGAUCGUCCACCCCCAACAAUGUAGCUACUAGCCGUCCUCUUAUGCCUUUGUGUGACAUUGUACGUAGCGGUGUACGUGCUAGAAAGGUGGAUGUUCACACCCCUACGGAGAAGAACCCUAUAAACCUGAGCUCUUUGAAAGAGUUUCCUAAAUUGUAAUUGUCGAGACUAAUUUAUUAUUUUUACUCGGCGAUUGAAUCUAAAAUUUUAUUUAUUGAUGACAUUCUGGGAAUUCUGUGCAGUACAGCUACUCCAUGAAGACGUACAUGUACAGGGUAAUUGAGAAUUUAUGUAGAUAGGUAGCUGUAAUUUUAUUGUUAUUCUGUGAGAAUGUAGUCUUCCCUUACCAGCUCUAAAUGGGAGCGAAUGGCUUCCUUUUUACCAUUUGUUUGAAUCUCUUUGUGCUGUACUGUCACAAUUCCGGGAAUGAUAAAAUAUAUUUAUUUUUGCGACUGAUGUAGUUUAAUCUACUUGUAUUUAUAGGAUUUAUCUUUUUGUUAUAGUUGUGGGGGGUUUUAUCUCAAACCCCACAAAAUAUUUGCAAAUUCACUAUGUUUGGGGUGAGAUCAAUGCCAGUGUACAUAAAGAAAGCAUUUGAGUGAUAGUAGACAUAGGUAGUUGCUAGUAGAAGUACUUCAUUUCAAAACACACUCAGCUUGAUUAUGUUUUCUGGAAAUUCUCAUUCAAUAAGACAAUUUUGUUAACAAGACAAACUGAAAAUGACAGAAGUGCUUGUAAUUGAAGCUAAACUAAACAUUUCUAAUUUUAGAAGCACUGUGAUAUUUUUAUACUUAAGACCAAAUAAAUAUAUAUAUUGUUCUCA